CAGUCCAGUCACGCACGAUUAGCGCGCAGUUUUGAGUAGAUAUCCUAAUCCAAGGUGUUGGCAUGACAACAAUAUUUGUAAAAUAAAUACAUCAAUGAUUAAUACAUAAAUGUAUUAAAAAAAUGUUUAAAAAAAACAAUGCACAGGACAUUUGGAUGUUGAUAUAUUUUUGUGACCCACCCAGAACAGGUCUGUAGCCCACCUAUUCACCCCCACUACACUAAACCAGUGUUUCCUAACUUUUAUUGAGCCAAAACACAAUUUUACAUUAGAAUUUUUUCACCAAACAAAAAUGUCACAAAAAGUAUGAAUACUUGAGUAAUGAUGAUCUCAUCUAACUUAAUCACAAAUUGUGUGAAAUUUGGGCCUGUUUAAUUGAACACAAAGCUAUAGCCUACUGGCAGUAGUGUAUUUAAGUGACAUUUGGCAGGCAUUUGUGAGGUCACACAUUGAUGUUGGUCAAGCCCUGGCUCUCAGUUUCCGCUAAAAUUCAUCUGAAAGCUGUUUUAUCGGGUUGUGGUCACUACUCUGUUAAGGCCAGGCAGGUUGAAGUAUUGUAAAACUUUCUCAUCCAUGUCUUUAUGGACCUCGUUUUGUGCUCUAUUUAACGGUUGCAUUCUAAAUGUAUCCAUGAUGGUGCUUUACACUUCAUAUGUCCAUGAUUGUUUAUGCACCUUUGAAGUGAUUGAUGUGUCAUGUGUUAUUGUUAUGCUGUUUAGUGUCAGUUAUUAUAGGACCUUUAUUCUGUUGCCUCUUUGAGGUAGCAAACAUGUAACACUAAGGCACAGCGGAAAAACAGCAAGUAACCAACUGUAUAUAAACAGUGACAACAUGCUCACUACUUUUGCGGUGUGUGCUCGUGUCUUCAUGAGUUCACGUGGUCCCUUCAGAACGCAAAGACCGCAUUAAGAACAAGCAUCUCCCGAUUCCAGGGCCCUCAUUUAUUAAGCAUGUGUACGCCCAGAAGUGUGCGAAAAGAACAUUUCCACGCAAAGUACGGGAUUUAUCAAGUUGGACUUAUGCGUGGGGACGUGUGCAAAUUUACACACAGCUCUGAGCAUGCGUACACUCAAAACCUUGUGGUAGAACAGUGAAACUACACAUAGAAUGCUCUAAGAGGGUCAACAAAGCCAUCCAGGUGCACAUUCUGCUCCUGUCGCCACUGGGACCUUUUAGCGCAAAUUUGGAGACAUACGCGGCAUUUUAGAGUCGACACUAAGCGGAAUCAUGCCGAUGUGCAAUUAAUUCCCUGGCCCCAAUUUAAAUCCAGUUGCCAUACAGAUAUCACCAAAAAGCCAAAAUUAAACAAGGCUUUCCCAAACAUAUAGUUGGAGGCAUAGAUUGCACCCACAUUUCAACUAAAACACCAUAUCACACAACAAAUCUAGCUACGUGAACAUGAAAGGAUUUCAUUCAAUGCACAAAUAAUCUUUGAUUCACAUCCCCUGGAGGAACGCACGAUUCAUCCAUUCAUUCUACAGAAUAGCUCCUUGGAUGUGUGCCUUGGGAGCUGUGGUUAAAGAUGGCUGGCUGUACGUAUGAUGACGUGUCCCCAGUAAUGCUUGCAAUACGGGAAUCCAUAAUUGCUUGUCCUCCUCUGGUUAUUUGAAGAUAAUUCCGUCAGUGGGCUGUGACACAUUUUUUUGUCAUUGAGUUUGAUGUGAAACCAUUUAUUUUCAUUUCCGAGACUGGUCUUUUUUCUGAUCGAUACAAUUAACAGCAGCGGCUAAAUUCUCCAACCCUCCCACAUAAUAUUUUCCUGUUGUUAGUAACACCUGCGUUAAUUGUUCCAAACUGUAUUUUUUUGGUUUGUUUCAGUAACCCAUAAAGUUAAAGCUGUGUUACAUUUCCACUUCUCAGACAAGUUCCUCAAUCAAUGACAGUUUCACUGUGAUAUUCGUUUCCUACGCCCUCUUUUUGUGAGAGGGAAGUCAAUGCCUGCAUUCUUAAAGAGAUUAUUGCUACCAUAUAUGGUCAAUUGGAGGCGUUUCUCAAUGCAAAUUAGGCUAAAUGUGCGCAAGCGUUGCAUUUUAAAACAGGUGGGAUUAGUCAACACAUUACUUACUGGUGUGUGUCUGACAGGUUGCCACACGUUUGAUAAAUACAGAUUCUUUUGUAUUUGCACGCAUACUAAAUUUCACUCCUCCGAAUGAAUUCACAACCAGCCGUGAACAAGGCUUUCUUUGAAGAGAACCCUUGGCCCGUGUGUCUAGAUGGAGAUUUUGGCUUCGCCUCCUACUAUGGCGACCACAUGGUGCUGCAGAAGUCUCCGGAGAGAGCGAUUUUGUGGGGUUACGGCAGCCCUGAGGGUGCGCAGGUCACAGUCUACGUGUCAGGAACCAUGAAACACAAAAGCUCACCGGUCACAGUGGAGAAAGGCAUCUGGCGAGUCACCCUUGACCCCAUAGAGGCCGGUGGUCCGUAUAAUGUGACAGCAGCUCUUGAGAACAGCUCCGCCACUCUGACCGAUGUGCUGUUUGGGGACGUUUGGCUUUGUAGCGGCCAGAGUAACAUGUACUUUAAAACAUCUCAGAUUUUCAAUGCAUCUGAGGAACUGGCUCUCGCAUCCAAGUAUCCUCACGUGAGGACUAUUAUGGUAGCCUUGAAGAUGAGUGACACUGAGCUAACUGAUUUGAUUGGAGUCAAUCUUCCAUGGUCUGUGCCUGAAGCAAGUGGUCUGUCAGAGUUCUCUGCAGUGUGUUGGCUCUUUGGACGUUACAUGUACGAGAACCUGAAGUACCCGAUAGGACUGGUGGAGUCCUGUUGGGGGGGCACACCCGUUGAAGCCUGGUCAUCUUCAAGAGCACUUCAGCAAUGUGGACUGGACCAGAAUGAAAAAAGUUCACAAACAGACAACUCUGUCCUGUGGAAUGCAAUGAUCCACCCACUGCUCAACAUGACACUCAAAGGAGCCCUCUGGUACCAAGGUGAAAGAAACACUAAUUAUCAUCAAAACAAGUACAACUGUUCUUUCCCUGCCAUGAUUGAUGACUGGAGGAUGGCAUUUCACCUGGGCUCAGGUGGGCAGACUGCUGUGGACUUUCCCUUUGGCUUUGUCCAGCUGUCCACUAACAUAAAAGGCUCCACGGAUGACGGCUUUCCAAACAUCCGCUGGCACCAGACAGCUGACAAAGGCUUUGUUCCCAACUCUCGUCUGCAAAGGACCUUCAUGGCUGUGGCUAUGGAUUUACCGGAUGAGACUUCACCGUAUGGCACCAUCCACCCUCGUGACAAGCAGGACGUAGCAUACAGACUGACACUUGGAGCACGAGCGGUGGCCUACAAUGAGAAGGAUGUGGCCUUCCUUGGGCCUUUCCCUAAACAAAUCCUGUCCACUCCGAUGUAUGUCAACAUCACCUACGACACAGCCAUCGCUGUCAAGCCAUCUAAAGAUAUCUUCGAGAUCUGCUGCUCGCCGUCACAGGCCCCAUGUGGGCCUGAGUCCCUCUGGGUUCCAGCUCCUAUCAUCCAGUGGGCUCCCACCACCAUCCAGAUAGCAACCAGUGUAUGCACAUCCACCACUGAAGUAGCAGCUCUACGAUACGCGUGGAAAGACUGGCCGUGUGAUUUUAAGGCAUGUCCUGUCUAUGGCGCAAACGCUAUGUUACCUGCGCCCCCUUUCCUUAUCAAUCGCUAUCAAAUUUUUUGGUCAGUCUCUGUAAAUUAUUAGUUGCUGAUGUGUAGCCUGCUUUGUAUGAAAUUCUUGCCUAUUUCUAGAGAUACUAUCCAAGACUAUGCAUGCCAUGUUUUUUUUUUUUUUUU